AUGGUGGCUGCCGCGGCGGCGGCCACCGCGCCAGAUCCGGCCCACCCCUCGCGCCCGCCGCUCACGCCGGCGCUCGACAAGCCCAACUCCGCCGCCGCGCGGAGGAACUCGCAGCGCUCCAACAAGCCCGUCUCCUCGAGGUACCUGUCCGCCGCCGCCGCGUCCCCGGCCUCAUCCACGUCGUCGUCUUCCUCGUCCUCGUCCCGCCGCUCCCUCUCCGCGCAGCGCACCCGGGCGUCUACUCCUCCGCCGCAGCACUCCACGUCGCCCACCACCACCACCGCGUCGGCGUCGGCGCCGGCCGCGGCCGCGGCAGCAUCCGCCACUGCGACCACGAUGCGGAGCCUCUCCGUGUCGUUCCAGGGGGAGUCCUUCUUCUACAAGACGUCGCGCGCCCCGCGGGCCUCGUCGCCGUCCUCACCUGCCGCGCGCCGCGGGCCCACGCCGGAGCGCAGGAAGAGCGUCUCCUCCGUGCCGGAGGCCGAGAACGCGCGGCCGUCGGGACGAUGGCCGGCGGCGAAGCCCAAGGCGUCGGACCCGCUCGCGCGCAGCCUUGACUGCAGCCUCGACCGCAAGGACUCCAUCCUCGCCGCCGUUCACCUCCUCCGCCGCUCUAUGGCCUUCGACUCCACCACAUCCUUCUCGCCGUCCGACCCGGCAGUUGCAGCCGCUCCAGACCUCUCCGCGUCCUCCGACACCGACAGCGUCUCGUCUGGUAGCAACUCGGGCGCCGGUGAUCCCCCGCGACGCGGCAUCAGCGUGCCGGCGAGGUUCUGGCAGGAAACCAACAGCCGCCUGCGCCGGCUUCCAGAGCCCGGGCUGCUGCUACCGUCGUCUGGCCGGAGGUCGUUUUCAGACAGCCCAAUGUCACCGAGGCUGCCGGGCCGGUCCCCAUCUCCAUGCCGUGGAAGCAGGGGUGCCGCGAGUCCAUCAAGAGGGCGCAGUGGGGAGGCGUCGCCAAAUGGGCAUAUGGUGCAGGCUCCAGCAAAUGCGCCAUCUAUCAUCAGCUUUGCGGCAGAGGUGAGAAGGGCGAAAAGGGGGGAGAACAGAAUUGAGGAGGCGCACCGAUUGCGCCUGCUGGACAAUCGGCAUUUGCAGUGGCGAUGCAUCAAUGCUCGGACAGAUGCGACGCUACUGGUUCAGAGCUUCACUGCUGAGAAAACCCUUCACAGUGCAUGGAAAGAAAUAUCAAGAUUGCGUGACAAUAUGUCAUAUCUAGAGGACUGGUCUCAUAUCGAAAAACAUCAUUCAAGUGCUUUAUCAGCAGCAAUCAAAGCUCUGAAGGCUAGUACUCUUCGUCUUCCAGUUGUUGAUGGUGCAAAGGCUGAUGCGCAAGCUGUGAAGGAAGCAGUUAAUUCAGCAGUGGAUGUAAUGCACACAACGACAUCCUCGAUAUGUAAUUUGUUGUCUAAGGUCGAGGGAACAAGCUCUGUGGUGUCUGAGCUUGCCAAACUUGCAACACAAGAACAAAUGUUGUUGGACCAAUCAAAGGAUCUCUUGUCCACGGUUGCAGCAAUACAUGUAAAGACAUCUUCUAUGGUCAUUCUUACUCAAUUUCCUUAA